AUGUCACAGACAUCGAACGAUCAACCUGAAGUUCAGGGCUAUCGAGAUCCCAAUUUUCCCAAUCCCGAUGGAGACAUGGACACACCCAUCAUCAUCUAUGGGUACACCCCAUCAUUCGCCCUAGCCAUGGUCGCAGUAGUUUGGUUCUUCCUUUCGUUCAUCUUUCACCUCGGCCAAACUAUCCGUUACCGUAGCUGGUGGUUUAUCCCCUUCUCUGUCGGUCUCGGGUUCGAAGUAGUCGGCUACAUCGCCAGAAGUCUAUCCGCCAAGAAGGACCCAUACCACCUCAUAUACUAUAUCAUCAACUACUUCUUUAUUGUUACAGCUCCCGUGCUCAUGGCAGCAGGGAUAUACACCAUCUUGUCAAUCAUGAUCAAAAAACUUGGGGAAAAGCACUCACCUUUCGCACCGAAAGCAAUUCUCUGGUUCUUUAUUACAUCCGAUGCCAUUGCUACUGUUGUCCAAGUGACUGGUGCGGCAUUAGUGGGCAGAAAAUCAGCUGCGAGACAGGAUCCAACAGCCGCAGGCAACGUGCUGCUUGCAGGACUUGCAUAUCAAGUCUUUGCAAUGACCGCAUUUGUUGCCAUAUGUGGCUUGUUUAUCUUUCGAGCCUGGAGAGUCAUUUCUGAUACUGGAUUACGUCUCUUCAUUGGUAUCUUUGCCGUCUCAACAGCGCUGAUCUACCUUCGUACUGUGUUUCGAUUGGCGGAGGCAGCGCAGGGUCUUUGGGGUUCACUACAAGUUCAUGAGGUUUAUUUUGCUUGUCUUGAGUUUGCACCAGUUGCCCUUGCUGUCCUGCUUUUCGGGGCGUGGCACCCUGCGAGGUGUAUUCGUGGUGAGGCAGAACCGCGAGAGAAGAAGGCUGGUGUUGUUUGA